CUAGUCUGUUUUUCUUUUAUCUUUUUGUGAGCGACUAAACUACAAAGAGAGAGAUGCAAAUGAUGUCCGGUGAUGGGUUUUCCAUUAAUAUGCCAUCCGCCAUUGAUGGGUUUGCUCAAGAGCAUCAACUAAAUGCAAACCCUAGCGUCCUUAAACCCAAUCCUCCUAACCCCGUCGCGAAGAAGAAGAGAAAUCUCCCAGGAACACCAGAUCCAGAUGCUGAGGUUCUGGCCCUAUCUCCGACGACCCUAAUGGCAAAAAACCGUUUCGUCUGCGAAAUAUGCAACAAGGGUUUCCAGAGAGAUCAGAAUUUGCAACUUCACCGAAGGGGUCACAACCUUCCUUGGAAGCUCAAGCAGAGACUGAACAAAGAGGUGAAGAAGAAAGUUUAUAUUUGCCCCGAGAAGACCUGCGUCCACCACGACCCAUCCAGAGCUCUCGGAGACCUCACCGGAAUAAAGAAGCAUUUCAGCAGAAAACAUGGAGAGAAGAAGUGGAAGUGCGAAAAGUGUUCGAAGAAAUACGCAGUCCAAUCGGAUUGGAAAGCUCACUCCAAGACCUGUGGGACUAGAGAGUAUAAGUGUGACUGUGGAACCCUUUUUUCCAGGAAAGAUAGCUUCAUAACGCAUAGAGCAUUUUGUGACGCCCUAACUGAAGAGAGCGCUAGGCUCGCUACUUCAUCAGUUGCUGGAGCUCCUACAAAUCUCAACUUUGGAAAUGAUGCAAUGUUAAACAAUCCAAUGAUGAACAAUAGUCAAGCAGUAGUUCAAGAUGGGUCUCAAAUUUCCAUGCAGUAUGAGCAAGGUUUGAUGAGGCAAGAUUUUAACGGCUUAGAUCAGCUUCAUCAACACGAGAAGUCUAGAUUGUCACUUUGGUUGAAUCAGCAGGCAAAUAGUAAUUCUAAUCAGAUUAAUCUGAUGGAUGAGAUGCAAGCAAAUCCUAAUCAUCCGCUUUAUCUAACAUCAUCAAGCUCUAAUACUUUUCCUGAAAUGGUGCAAAUGCCAUCAUCUUCCAACAAUGUCAAUCUUUUUGGCUCAUCUGAUUCCAUGUCAACUUUUGGAGCUUCAACAAGUGGUGCGAAUCUGUCAUUGUCACCAGUUCAAGAAAGCGGGACUAAGAAACUCAUCGGAAACAAUAGUAAUCUGGUAGGCAGCAACGUUUCUAAGCCACCGGCAGCCCCAAUGUCCGCCACAGCACUUUUACAAAAAGCAGCUCAAUUGGGUUCGACUAGAAGCAGCAACAACCAAGGAAGCAGCUUGGGUGUAAAUGUAAUGUCCUCGUCAUCUUUUUCCAACACUUUGAUGGGUUUCUCGAAUUUGAACCAGGAUCGAUCGAACGAGCUUCAUCAAUUUGUUCAAAAUGCACAUCAAUCACGUGGUGGUAGUGCAAAUUUGAGUUCAUUAACAAGUUCAUCAUCACAUACUAGUUCUACUACACUUGAGCAGCUGAUGAAUACCAUUCAAAGGGGUUCGAACAAUAUCGGAACGAUUGAUCGUCAAAACAGUCCAACUAGAGACUUUUUGGGCAUGGGAGGAGGAGGAGGAGAUCAUGCUGAUCAGUUCUCCCAUAACAAUAGGCAAAUGGUUUUUCCACAAGAUCUAGCCAAGUUUGCAUCUUCAAUGAGCCAAUUCACUAGCAAUCACUAGAGUCCUAAUCGGAACACUCGGGGAAGGACUAACAUAUACAACUUCUAGACACCACAGUAGUUCCCGUGACGAAUAAUAUAAUGUUGUAUGUAAGUCUUUCUCCAUAUUUCGUUGUGUUAUUAGUUUGGAAUACUGGAUACGCCAUGUAGUAAGUAAGUCAUUCUCGAAAACUCGAGGUUAAUGUUGACAUAUAUUUAAACUCA